GUGCUCCGGCCCAGGCAGCACCCACAAGAUCGCCCGUCUCCGACAGCUCAGUGCCAAGGCGCCAACUCAACCUGCUGGCUUCAGCACCUCCCCACCAUGGCCUCCAAGAAGCUGAUGAACUCGGUGGCAGGCUGUGCCGACGAUGCCCUGGCUGGCCUGGUGGCCUGCAACCCCAACUUGCAGCUCCUGCAGGGCUACCGCGUGGUCCUCCGCUCUGACCUGGACAGCCUCAAGGGCCGGGUGGCAUUGCUGUCGGGUGGGGGCUCCGGCCACGAGCCUGCCCACGCUGGUUUCAUAGGGAAGGGGAUGCUGACGGGGGUCAUCGCGGGAGCUGUGUUCACCGCCCCGGCAGUGGGCAGCAUCCUGGCAGCCAUCAGGACAGUGGCCCAGGUGGGCACAGUGGGAAUCCUCCUCAUCGUGAAGAACUACACUGGGGACCGGCUGAACUUCGGCCUGGCCCGGGAGCAGGCCCGGGCUGAGGGCAUCCCCGUGGAGAUGGUGGUGAUUGGGGAUGACUGUGCCUUCACGACCGUGAAGAAGGCGGGCAGGCGGGGGCUCUGUGGCACGGUGCUCAUCCACAAGGUGGCAGGUGCCCUGGCUGAGGCCGGGGUGGGGCUGAAGGAGAUCACAGAGCGGGUGAACGUGGUUGCCAAGGCCAUGGGAACCCUGGGAGUGAGCUUGUCCUUCUGCAGUGUCCCUGGUUCCUCCAAACCCACCUUUAAUCUUGCAGCUGAUGAGGUAGAGCUGGGCCUGGGCAUCCACGGGGAACCCGGUGUGCGCCGGAUCAAGAUGGCCAGCGCCGACCAGAUCGUGGCGCUCAUGCUCGACCACAUGACCAACUCCUCCAGCGUGUCGCAUGUGUCUGUGCAGAGUGGCUCCUCGGUAGUGCUGAUGGUGAACAACCUGGGCGGCCUGUCGGUCCUGGAGCUGGGCAUCGUGGCCGACGCAGCCGUCCGCACUCUGGAGGGCCGCGGGGUGAAGGUUGCCCGUGCCCUGGUGGGCACCUUCAUGUCAUCGCUGGAGAUGCCGGGCCUCUCCCUCACCCUUCUGCUGGUGGAUGAGCCCCUGCUGAAACUGAUAGAUGCUGAGACGACCGCGUCGGCCUGGCCAAACACGCCCAAGGUCUCCGUGACGGGGCGGAAGCGGACUCGGGCAGCCCCCUCCCGGCCCUCAGAGGCCCCUGACUUCACCACAGAAGGCUUGCUCUCGAAGCGGAUGGCGCUCGUGCUGGAGCGGGUGUGCACGACCCUCCUGGACCUGGAGGAGUACCUGAACGCCCUGGACCGUGUGUCUGGCGACGGGGACUGUGGGACCACCCACAGCCGCGCUGCCCGAGCCAUCCAGGAGCAGCUGAGGGAGGGUCCACCCCCUGCCAGUCCUGCCAAGAUGCUCUCCGAAUUGUCCCUCCUGCUGCUGGAGAAGAUGGGAGGCUCGUCCGGGGCACUCUAUGGCCUGUUCCUGACUGCCGCGGCCCAGCCCCUCAAGGCCAGCACUGACCUCCCAGCCUGGUCUGCUGCCAUGGAUGCCGGCCUGGAGGCCAUGAAGAAGUAUGGGAAGGCUGCCCCAGGAGACAGGACUAUGCUGGAUUCUCUCUGGGCAGCAGGACAGGAGCUCCAAGCCUUGAGGCACCCAAACGCUAAUCUGUUCCACAUCCUGACCAAGGCAGUGGAGAGCGCAGAAGCUGCGGCCCAGGCCACCAAGGACAUGACAGCUGGAGCUGGGAGAGCCAGUUACAUCAGUUCUAUGAAGCUCGACCAGCCAGACCCCGGGGCAGUGGCCGCCGCGGCCAUUCUCCGGGCCAUCCUGGAGGUCUUGCAGAACCUGGAGAGUUUGUGAGUGCCACUCUCACUACUGUGCAGAGGCUGCCA